UUUUUUAGAGAUGUAUUGGGAGAAAGAAAUUAAAGCAUAUCUUCUAAAUUUUCAAGUUUUAGUAUCUAUUUCAGCAAUUUUCAUUUUUCUUUAUGCUAGAAAAUUGGUAAGAAGUGUUGCUGUAUUUUAUUUAACUGGAAUUUUAAUUGGAAUUUUUGCAUCUUUUUUAAUUUUUGGACAUUUAUUUCAAAAAUUUAUACCAAAAUUUGCCAGAUUUCCAUUUCUUUUUGGUGGAUGGCCGUUGUCUGCUUAUAUUUACUACUUAACUUGGAGGAAUUUUAGCGUAAUAUUUUUAGAAUACAGAUUUUAUGCAAUUCUUUAUUUGGGAAUAUUUACAAUUAUUUCCCUUGCUGUUUGCUAUAGAAUGGGUCCUCCAGAAGAUGAACGUUCUUUAAAUUUAAUGGAAUGGACUUUACAAAUAAUUGCUUUGGCUCUAAUUUAUUUUUUUAAUCAGGUACAAGAAGUUGCAUAUGCCUUAAUAUUUUUUGUAAUUUUUAUAUCUAUUUGGAGAAGAAACGCUAACAAAAUAUUUAAAUUUUCUAGAAGAAAUUGGAACAAAUUAAGAGAAUUUUUAUUUGGUCCACAGCCUCGAAAACUUCUCUCCGAAGAGGAAUAUUUGGAAGAGGUAUUUUUUGGAUAA